GCCUCAGCCGUCUUUGGAGUGUUACUUUGUUGUCACCCCCUCACCGGUUCUACCAAUCACCAUGUUCCGCGCUGCCCUGCCCCGCCUGGCCCGCGCUGCCUCUGCCCAGGCUGCCCGCUCGGUUGCCGUCCGUGCUGCCGUCGCCCCCACCGCUGCCUUCUCCACCACCCCGGUUUCCGCUGCCGCCAUCCCCACCGGCCUGAACCUGGCUGCCAAGGGUUUCGCCGCUCGCUCCCCCGCCUUCGCCUUCACCCGCGCCUACUCCACCGGCAAGGAGCACGUCGUCAAUGUCCCCUUCAUGGCUGACUCCAUCACCGAGGGCGAGCUCUCUCGCUGGGAGAUUCCCGUCGGCUCCUUCGUCAAGCGCGAUGGCACCAUUGUCACCAUCGAGACUGACAAGGUGACCAUCCCGGUCAACGCUCCUUUCUCUGGCAUUGUCACCGAGCACUUCUCCAAGGAGGGUGACAACGUCCAGGUCGGCAACCCCCUCUUCAAGAUGAUCGAGUCCGAGGAUGCCGGUGCUGGUGCCGCCCCUGCCGCCGCUACCAAGGCCCCCGAGGCCCCCAAGGCCGCCGAGGCUCCCAAGGCCGCCGAGGCCCCCAAGGCCGCUGCCCCUGCCAAGGCCCCCGAGGCCCCCAAGGCCACCCCGGCCGCCGCCGUCUCUGUUGAGGAUGUCGUCAAGGGUGCCGUCGGCCCCCGCGAGCGCCGUGUCAAGAUGACCCGCAUCCGCACCCGCAUUGCCGAGCGCCUCAAGGAGUCCCAGACUGUGGCCGCCUCUCUGACCACCUUCAACGAGAUCGACAUGCUGCCGCUGACCCAGCUGCGCAACGAGUACAAGGACCUCUUCUUCGAGAAGCACGGUGUCAAGCUCGGCUUCAUGUCCGCCUUCGUCAAGGCCUCCUCCAUCGCCCUGCAGGACGUCCCGGAGAUCAACGCCCGCAUUGAGGGCGACGAGAUUGUCUACAACGACCACACCGACAUUUCCAUCGCCGUGGCCACCCCCAAGGGUCUGGUCACCCCGGUCCUGCGCAACGUCGAGAACCAGUCCUUCUCCGACAUCGAGCGCAACAUUGCCGCUCUCGGCAAGAAGGCCCGCGACAACAAGAUCGCCAUUGAGGAUAUGGCCGGCGGUACCUUCACCAUUUCCAACGGUGGUGUCUUCGGCUCCCUCAUGGGUACUCCGAUCAUCAACCUCCCCCAGUCUGCCAUCCUCGGUAUGCACGGUGUCAAGGAGCGUGCCGUCGUUGUCAACGGUGAGGUCGUCGUCCGCCCGAUGAUGUACAUUGCCCUGACCUACGAUCACCGCCUGAUCGAUGGCCGCGAGGCUGUCACCUUCCUCGUCCGUGUGAAGGAGCUCCUCGAGGACCCGCGCCGCCUGCUCCUCGACCUGUAA